AUCAAAAUGGAAGGAACUCUGCAGGUUACCAGUAAAAGAGGCUUAAGUAUUUUUGUGACCCCCUGUAGUGAAGACUUGAAUGUAUAAAAGCAAAACAACAGAUCAAGUUGAAGAAGCAUCCCAUCUUGGCACAAAGAAUGGCUUGUAAAUCAUCUGCUCUUCGCUUGUGGGUUUUUGGGUUGAUCACCUCUCAGGUUUGGAGCCAGCACUGGUCAUUUGGUUUGAGUCCUGGAGGAAAGAGGGAGCUGGAUGGCCUUUCACAAACUUUGAGUAAUAUAGUAGAGCGGAUUCAGCAUGUGGACACACCCUGCAGUGUGGUGGGGUGUGGAGAGGAACUGUCCAAAGUGUACAGACUGAAAGGAUUUCUUGGGAAUGUAGCAGACAUGGACAAUGGACAAAGAGCAUUUGAAAAGUGA